AGGAGAGGGACACAUCUAUUGAGCCUAUUGAGCACCUGAGGUCAGGUGUUCUCAAUCAAGAAAUUACAACCUGCCUCAUAUAAAAGCAGCAGCCUGUGCAAGGCAGGUAGUUUGUCUAUCCUGUUUCCUUGAAUACUGUUACAUCUUCCAAAGAACUAGGAACUACUGACUGAAGAUGUCUGGCCGUGGGAAGAAAGCAGUACCAAAGGCAAAGUCUGCAAUGUCCCGCUCAGCCAGAGCAGGAAUCACUUUCCCAGUGGGCCGCAUCCACAGACUACUGAGAAAGGGCAACUACGCCGAGCGGGUUGGCAAUGGUGCUGCAGUUUACCUCGCAGCCAUCCUGGAGUACCUCUGCGCAGAAAUCCUGGAGCUGGCUGGAAACGCUAGCCGGGACAACAAGAAGCUCCGCAUCGCCCCUCGCCACAUCCUGUUGGCGGUCAGAAAUGAUGAGGAGCUAAACAAAAUGCUGGCUGGGGUCACCAUUUCAGAAGGUGGGGUCCUGCCAAACAUCCAGGCUAGCCUUCUUCCCAAAAAGACCAAGAUGUCCAGGGAUAACAGCACUGCCAAAGAUGUUGAAUCCCAAGAGUUUUAAAAAUGUAUCUUUUUAUUCUAUCACUUUAAAAUGGCUGAUUAAAGGGUUUUCUAUUUUA